CGCCUCUGGUCACACUAUCCUGACCAGUUGUUUUUUCAGCCAACGCCAUUUACGCUCUUUGGAAAAACCUAUUUUUUGUAAAAACACAGCCCAGACCCACAGCCCCAGGAUGUUGGCCCUCAUCAACAGGAUUCUCGACUGGUUCAAGAGCAUCUUCUGGAAAGAGGAGAUGGAACUGACGCUGGUGGGACUGCAGUUCUCCGGGAAAACGACGUUCGUCAAUGUUAUUGCAUCCGGCCAAUUUGCUGAGGACAUGAUACCCACAGUUGGUUUCAAUAUGCGAAAAAUCACCAGGGGCAAUGUAACAAUCAAGGUGUGGGACAUUGGCGGUCAGCCCCGGUUCCGUUCCAUGUGGGAGCGAUAUUGUCGCGGCGUUAAUGCGAUUGUCUAUAUGGUGGAUGCAGCGGAUUUGGACAAAUUGGAGGCGUCGAGAAACGAGCUGCACUCGCUGUUGGACAAGCCACAACUGGCUGGCAUUCCAGUGCUCGUUUUGGGCAACAAACGUGAUCUUCCAGGCGCCCUCGAUGAAACCGGGCUCAUCGAGCGCAUGAAUUUAUCAAGCAUACAGGAUCGUGAAAUUUGCUGUUAUAGUAUUUCGUGUAAGGAAAAGGACAACAUUGAUAUAACACUGCAGUGGUUAAUUCAACAUUCGAAAAGCCAAAGUCGUUAGAUAACGAAGACACAAACAACAACCUCCCUACCAACAAACACACACACACACACUUAGGCACUAUAUCUCUCACACAGAACUAUAUAUACAUAUAUACUAAUAAUAAUUUGCAGAGUGAUGAACAAUGAGGAAUGCCAGCAGUAAGCCAACUAUUUCGGGUAGAAGAUAGAUCAAAAAUGUUUCUAAGCAAAAAGAAAAAAAAACAAAUGAAAGCUAAAUCUAAACAAAACUACACACAGCGAGUAAUAACUAAGCCUUAAUGAUCUGUUUGAACGUAUGUCUGUCUGUAUGUAUGCUUGUGUGAUUUUGCAAAGCAGGGUUCGGGUGCUCGAUUGUCUCGAAUUUGUAGAUUCACAAAUGGAAGAUGCUUAAAGAAUUCUGUAUACAUUGUAAGUUUUGUUUGUCAAUCUGUGCCCCACAACUCACACACAACUAUACACAAGCACACAGCUUUAGCUUUUCAUACUGGCUUUAUCGACCAACUCUAUCUCCGAUGGAUUAUAACGCCCUGCUUCUGAUCUACAUCGUCGCUAAAAAUAUCUUCUUUGAUCGUGUCCAUGUUUAGUUAGUUUUAUGUUUAGUGCUGAUUGGUGUGAUUAUAUAAAUACUAUUAUUAUUUUUAUAAUUUUUGUAUACAAUAUAUACUUUACAUUUCGCAGAAUAUUUAUUUUUAAAAUGGAUUUUUUUGCCUAGCGAAGAGAACAAACUAUAAAAACGUUUUAAACUAUAUAAUAUGAAAAAAGUAAAAAAAAAACUAUACGAAUGUAAAAUCUAUUAAGCAAGCGAAAGCCAUAGUUAAAGGAAUUCCAAUAUUGAUUGUAAAAUAUGCAAAAAAAAAAAUUGUUGAGUUUUUCUAGCUGCAGCCAAAACCAAUUAAAAGAAAAUUCCCUUAA